AUGGCUCGCGGGAAGAGUGCUUCGGUCACACGGCCAGACGUCGCCAGCAAGACCCGCUUCGACGCCCUCGCGUUCGACGCCGGCGAAUCCUCGGGCGACGAAGAACUCCCUCCUCCAGCUACCCUCUCCCCACCUGUUCCUACUACGCCCUCGAAGAAGGCGCUCGCUCGCCAACGUGCCAAGCUGCGCAAGCAGGGCUCGUCCAACAAUCUCAACUCGGAAGCGGCGACCGACAGCGACGCCUCUUUCGCUCCCUCCGUCUCGGCUAUCCCUCCCGUUCCCGCCCUCCCCAGCAAAGUCCAGAUCCAGCAGACGGCGAACGGCGUCAAGGAGCAGGUGCAGGAGAAGGCUGAGGAAGUGAAGGAGGCUACGGUGAAGGCGGCCAAGCCGGUCGUCCAGGUUGUUGCGCCGGCCGUUGAGAGGGAAGAGCCGAAGGCUGCGUCCUCGCUGUCGAGGCUCGCCCAGCCGCCCAGCGCGCCCGAGUCGACUACGGAUGGUGAUUCGCUCGCUGGCUACGACGAGGACGAGGAUGAUGAGUCGGACGAGGACGAGGACGAGACUUCAGCGGCAAGCGCGCAGACUUCGCCCAAACCCGCCACUCCCCGCGCCGUCUCUCCUACACCCGCCGCCCCCGCUGAGGGAGACAAGCCCAAAGAGGCUUACACCGGCGCCGACCACGACCCUAAGAAGAAGAUCCAGGCCAUCAUCACCCGCACGGUCUGGGGCUUCGUGCUCGCAGGCGGAGCGAUCGGCCUCGUCCUCAUGGGUCACGUCUACGUCAUCGCCCUCAUCUUUGUCAUCCAAGCGAUGGUCUUCAAGGAGUUGACGAACCUGUUUGACGUCGGGUAUUCGGGCGCGCAUGUCACGGAGGAGGGCAAAAUGACGAGGACGCCUGAGAAGGAGGCGAAGCGCAGGGGCAGGAAGGAGCAGCGCGAGAGGUGGAGCAGGCAGAUGGCCUGGUAUUUCUUCGCUGUCACGAACUACUACCUCUACGGCGAAUCGCUCAUCUACUACUUCAAGCACGUCCUCACGCUCCAGGCGUCCUUCCUCCCGACGGCGUACUCUUUCUCGCAACAUCACCGCCUCAUCUCGUUCGGCCUCUACACGAUCGGCUUCGUUAGCUUCGUCGCGACCCUAAACCGCAGCAGCCUCCGCCGCCAGUUCGGCCUCUUCGGCUGGAUCCACAUGUCGCUCCUCCUGAUCGUCGUCUCGAGCCACUUCAUCGUCAACAACAUCCUCGAGGGCAUGAUCUGGUUCUGGGUUCCCGUCGCGCUCGUCAUCAUCAAUGACAUUGCCGCCUACGUCUUCGGAAUGGCGUUCGGCCGUCACCAGCUCAUCAAGCUCAGCCCGAAGAAGACGGUCGAGGGCUUCGUCGGCGCCUUCUUCUUCACGAUGCUCUUCGCCUACGUUUGGGCGACCAUCUUCAUGCGGUACAACUACAUGAUCUGCCCCGCCCAAGACCUCUCGACGAACGUCUUCAGCCGCGUCCAGUGCAAGCCGAACCCGUGCUUCGAGUGGCACGAGCUCCCUCUUCCGUCGGCCCUCACCGACCUCCUUGCGCCCAUCACCCGCCAUCACAUCACCUCAAUUCCGUGGGCUCCGUUCCAGCUCCACUCGGUCGUCCUCGCAGCGUUCGCCUCGCUCGUCGCGCCCUUCGGCGGCUUCUUCGCCUCGGGCUUCAAGCGCGCUUUCGGCAUCAAGGACUUUGGCGACACGAUCCCUGGACACGGAGGCUUGACCGACCGCAUGGACUGCCAGUUCAUCAACGGAAUCUUCACCUUCGUCUACUACUCGGCCUUCGUCCGCGAAUCCUACAUCACGCCCACCUCGGUCAUGGCCACCAUCGCGACGCACCUCACGACCGAACAGCAGGUCGAGCUGCUUGGUGAAUUGAGCAGGUUUCUCAUGCAGAAGGGCGUCAAGGCGACGAAGCCUUGGUGA